AUGUCCGGCAUCGAAAUCGCAGGUCUAGUCUUCGGUAUUGUGCCCAUUGUUGUCGAGAUUCUGAAGUCUUACGGCACAGCCAAGCGCAGAUUGGCGACCUUCUCACGACACGCAGAAGUUGCAUACGACAUCCAGCUGAAAUUCGAAGUAGCAGCAGCGAACUUUGGCAACGAAUGCCGCCUUCUGCUGCAGUCUACCAUUGCCCAUCCGAGCGAUGUCUCUGAGAUGAUGGAGGACCCGACCCACGAGAGCUGGCAGGAACAAGGCAAGGAGAUCGAGCAGCGACUGCGAAACUUGAUGCAGCAAGAUUACCAGCUAUGCCAGGAUAUAGUAACGCGACUACGCGAUAUCCUUCGCGAGACACGAAACUGCCUGUCCAAGCUCGAUAACAGCCUGGGCAACGCGAAACAGUCGCAACACGAGUUCGCACGGAAGCUCUGGAAUGGCUUCAACACAGCUCGCAAGGAGAAUGAAUACCUCCAACAGCUCGAUUCGUUGGAUAGGUGGAACAAGUCGCUGGGCAAGUUGUGUAAACAGAGGCGCAAGAUGCAGAAGCGUCGCAAUAUUCCUUCGGCUUGCAUCAUCCGCAAAGCCGUGCCAAGGAGCUACCAGCAGAUCCGUGUCGCCUCACAACAAUUGGGAGAGUCGAUCCACGACUCCUGGUCUUGCACCAACACCUCGCACAGUGGACAUCAGGCCAAGCUAUCGCUGGACGCUAAAAGUGAGCAUGACAACGUGCAACUUGAUGUUGUGAUUGCUUGCCAGCCAAAAUCGGACACCGCGAUUCAAAGGUAUGUCACAGCAGACCUAGGAACGUCUUUCGCAGUCCGCAAGACAAGCAAAGACUUUGCCUCUAACGACAAUGUGUAG